UGCCAACGGUGACCGCUCCUCCCGCUGCCGCUCGGCGGGGCGUCCCUCGGCAGUGGCCUCCGUUUCUGCCCGGCCGGGGCCUCGCUUGCGUCAGGCGGUGUCUAGUCGCCACGGCGGCCGUGACGAGGCCUCGCUGAGGCAGCCGCAGCAAGAGAGACAUGGCCCUUUAAGAAGAGGAGGAGAAGAAGGGUGACCUUGACAACGACGGCGACGUCGCUCCCUCGGCACGUGAUCGGAGAGGGGAAAGAGACCCAUGCCCUGCUCUCGAGAUGGAUGCUGCCCUGCCUGCUGUAGCAGAAGAAUUGCUGCAGGAGAUACAGAGAGCUUUCCGUGAGACCUCCCAGGUUUCAGAUGACCAGCUCCUGGCGCUGAGGUUCGUCUUCGGAGCGCCAGUUGUCCCUGCCCUGGACUUGGUGGAUCGCCAGUCGGUCACACGGUUGGUGUCUCCAAGCGGGAGGAUGGUAUACCAGGUGGCUGGCAGCUCGGGCAAACUCUACACUUGUUAUUCCUCGUGCCACUUCUGCAGUUGCCCAGCUUUUGCAUUCUCGGUUUUGCGGAAAAGAGAUAGCCUUGUGUGUAAGCACUUACUCGCCGUGUAUCUGAGCCGAGCUGUCGGGGCCUGCCAGGAGCAAAAUAUCUCCAACCAGCAGCUGACCGCCAUGCUGCUCCCCGAAGAGAAAUGAAGGCAGGAGGAGAUGGCGGAAGAGGCCGGGCGGUGAGGAAACAUGAGCCGCCACCUUGAGUCCCAGUCGGGCUGGGCUGGCAAACAAAUGCCUCUUCUCUCCACCACCCCCAAGCCCCAGUUCGGAGGUCCCAGCUCCGGCGAAGUUUUAUGCAACUCGGACCACGCAAAUCUCAUUUCCUAAUCGGCGUAAUGGGAGCAACCCUGUUGGGGACAGUGGGGUACAAAUUCUACCGGCAGGCAGUGGGAACCUGGAACGUCACCAAGGCUGGGCCCCAUGCCGUUCGCAAACCUUGCUGAAAUAGCAGAGAGAGGGGCCUGCAGGAGGAAAGGGGGGAGCCAGAGAUUUAGCGUUCAGCUGCUGGAAAAAAAACCCUGCUUUCUUUUUUCUUGAUGUCCUUUUUGCUCUGACCAUAAUAAAUCCAAGAUGAUGAAAGUAGGAAGAGCCUGGGUGCUUAGUGCCAAGCAGGGGCAUCUGCAGGGAGGUUCAAAAAAAGGUCAGAUGGCACCCGCAGCUGCAUGAUCAAAGCCCCACCCAUUCGUUACGCACAUCACACAUGCAUGGCAUGUAAAAAAAAAUAGGUGGGGCUUCAAUUGCAGUUGUGGUCUCUGUUACAAUUUUUUUGCCCACUCUGCCCCUGCCCUUGGACAAGGCUGUUAACUGCAUUUCUAAUUCCCCUGCCUGCACAGGUAGUCCUUGCUUAACAACCAUUCAUUUAGUGACAGUUCAGGCAUACAGCAGUGCUGGGGAAAACGACUUGCAAGCAGUCCUCACAUUUACGACUGCCACAGCAUUUAUGACUGUCUCAGCAUCCCGUGGUCAUGGGAUCACCAUCUUCAACCUUCCCAGCCAGCUUCUGGUGAGCAGAAUCAAUGAGGAAAUGUGAUUAACUUAGCGACCACCACAAAAAGGUCGUAAGAUCAAGUUGGAUUUGUUUAAUGACCAAUUCACUUACCAGCCAAAAUUCUGGUCCCAAUUGUGGUCAUUAAGUGAGGACUACCUGUAUGGCAUGAGGUCUGGUGGAUUACCUUGAGCUCAUCACUGGUCAUCUUUGAUGGAAAUGAUGGGAGUUGUAGUCCAAAAUACAGGACAUCAGGUUAGGAAAGGCAAACUCUAAAAAUUUACUACAGCAAAAAAGUUUCAGGCAUCUGUCUGUGAGCAUGAAAAUGACGCAGGUAAAUUGGGAAGCAAAGUUUUGCUUUGGCAAGUAUUUUAUUAAAAAAAGAAAA